ACCUGUCAAACGACGGCAAAAGUACGUUUCUCCGUGUCACUUUGCUGUUGUCGAUAAAUACGAUGCAUAAAUUGAACAAAACAGAUUCAUGUUGUUCAUUAUGAAAACUUGACCCGUUUCAAUAUUCAUAUCUUCAAAUGGAGAGUUGUGGAUUCGUUACAUACACCAAAGAAUAGUGAAAACGUUACAAGCACAUCCAUUAAAAUGUCGAAGAAUGGUGAAGUGUCAUCAAACCAAGGACCCAGCAGACCUAGUAUGCCGAAACCUGAUUUGAAUCUGUUCAGUACUGAAAAACGCAAAAUUUUGGAUCUACAAAUCGGCGGGCCCUCGGGAGAUGAUGCGGCUUUCGUGCCUUUCGCGAACUCCGCCGCGGCACCGAGACCUCGCAUACCGGCGCGCACCAUCAGAGAUGUGUUGCCUGAAAACACAAGGGAUAGAUGCAGGAUUUAUCCAUCCAUGCAGUCGUCGGGUAAGCUGCAGCUGUCUGCAACAGAAAUUUAUGAUUUUACCGCUGAUGACCUGAUUGAUCUGGGAGAAAUUGGACGAGGUGCCUUUGGAGCUGUAAAUAAGAUGGUUCAUAGGAAAACUAACCGCGUGAUGGCUGUGAAACGCAUCCGCUCCACCGUGGACGAGAAGGAGCAGAAGCAGCUGCUCAUGGACCUGGAGGUGGUCAUGAAGAGCAAUGACUGUGUAUAUAUCGUGCAGUUCUAUGGAGCGCUGUUCAAAGAGGGUGACUGUUGGAUUUGUAUGGAGUUGAUGGACACCUCUUUAGACAAAUAUUAUAAGUUUAUAUGCGAGCGGAUGCAAACUCGAAUACCAGAAACCAUUAUAGCUAAGAUAACCCUAGCUACCGUGAAAGCUUUAAAUUAUUUAAAAGAGAAGCUAAAAAUUAUUCAUAGGGAUGUGAAGCCAUCAAACAUCCUGCUGGACAGAAGGGGCAAUAUUAAGUUAUGUGACUUCGGUAUUUCGGGCAAGCUAGUGGACUCGAUAGCCCGGACUCGGGACGCCGGGUGCCGGCCGUACAUGGCGCCGGAGCGCAUCGACCCGGGGCGCGCGCGCGGCUACGACGUACGCUCGGACGUGUGGUCGCUCGGCAUCACGCUCAUGGAGGUGGCCACCGGCGCCUUCCCCUACCCGCGCUGGGGCUCCGUGUUCGAGCAGCUACAGCAGGUGGUGCAGGGCGACCCGCCGCGCCUCACCAACGCCAACAAUGCCUUCUCCAACAACUUCGUAAAUUUCGUCAACACUUGCCUCAUCAAAGAAGAGAAUCAGCGUCCAAAAUACAACAGGCUUUUGGAACACCCUUUCAUCAAAGGCAUAGACACGAGCCGGGCAGACGUAGCAGCGCAUGUCUGCGAAGUGCUGGAUGCUAUGGAGCGGAAUGGAGUCAGCCCCUUUACCACUGACCAGCCUGCACAGGCCUGGCUAGACUAAAGCGUUCAUGGUCAGGGCUGAUGGUCCAUGUCUGUCUAAAUCUGGCUCUAGUUGGCGUCCAGAGCUCUAGAGCACCAGUGCUGACAGUGAACACAGCAACGAAAACAACCUAAAAAAUUGGUUGAUCCAGGCUUGCAACCCAUUCAAUUGUUCACAAUAUCUCACUUGCAAACUUACUCCUUCACGUCUGUUAGUAGCCUUACACGUUUGUAACAAUUAUGCAGUCAGAGUGGAUCACAUUUUAUCACCAAUUAAUAUUAAAUGUCAUUGAUUCUCAGUGACUGGCUUACCUUUCAUGGCCAUAUUUGAGUUGUCCUUACUUAGGGCAAAUUUGCAUUUCAUUGAUUAUCUUUCCAUGUGAAAGCAAAGAUCUAUAGUAUAUUAAUAAUUAUGUUUAGAGUUGUGCUGUUCUUUGGAACAUUUCCCAUUUUAUAUGGAAAACAUUGUUAGUCAUGAAUGUUUAUCAUGCCAAAUUGACAAUGUUCUUGAGAAUGGGAUAGUUCUUAUUAUGUUAGUUCAAGUAGUAAAAAUUCUUAACUUAAAUAUGUAAUCUUUACCAUGAACUUCACAGAAAUAUUUUGAAGAACAUUUAGUAUGGUCCUGUAACCAUAGUAACCAAUCUCUAUUAACACUCCAGGUUCUCCAAUUUUAUUAUAUAUUUUAUCAAAUGGAAUGUAAAUAUUUAUUAUCUAUUCUAUGCUGUCUUGUGUAUGUACUUUAUAUAGUAAAUCAUUUUAUAAUAUUAAAGUUUUAAAUCAUCAUCAGUUGUUAUCAGUAAGCUCAUGAACACAGUGCCGACUUGGCUUCUUUGAGAACCUGGUUUAAUACCUUAAUAUGGAUGUAAAAAGUUGUAUCUGUGUGUGUGAAUUGCUUGAAGUUAAGUUUCUUUGGCUAAUGAAAUGAAAUACUGGUUUUAGACUUAGGGCAUACAAUAUGUAGGUAAUUUUAUAAAUUUGUAUAUACAGACCGAUAAUAAUAAUGAAAGUGAGCGAUGGCAUGUAAUUCAUUUCAAUGCAUUCAUUUAUGGCAGCAAAACACUUCAAUUAUUAACUGCAAUAAUACUUCACUAAUCUACUUAUUAAACAAUAUCUCAAAUGUAUUUGUUUUGGGUCUCAUUACUAUUGUAUUAUGUAUGGUAUAGAUUGAAUUGAAUAGAUAAUUAAUGAAAUAAAUUAGUAUUUUACAAA